AUGGCCUCGCAGUCCGUCACCAAGCCGUUCCAGAAGAUCCUGGACCCGACCAAAAUCGGGACAUGGAACGUCGUCCGUCGCCCGCCAGUCGAGAACCAUAGCGUGAUACAGGGAAAAGCGCGGGAACAGAACUCGAAUGCUUUCAAGACACAUCAGUGGAAGGAGGGAGUCCGGUUACGAAAGGCCAUCAAUGCCAUUACGCACGGGAAGAACAUCUUCGUCUAUCAUAACAUGCGCACCAACCAGGUUGUCUACUCAUUGACGCGGUAUUUGGAGAAAAACAAUGUCCUCCGGCAGCUAGUAUACCACGGCAAAAAGACCGUCCCCGCUACACUCCGAAAGGACAUGUGGGUGCCGUACUACUCCGUCCAUUUCAACGAACCCAAGGUUGGCCUCCGUGCCUACCAUCUUCUCCGCGAAUUUGCCAUGCAGCGCCAACUCGCCCCACCUCGUGAGAUGAUCACCAUCAGUGAAAGGUUCCUGGAUCAGAAGCGGCCCAAAGACCCCGAAGGAGCCAAGAAAUUCGACGAGAAGUAUGCAGACAAGGUUGGCUGGCUGAUGGAGAAAAAACACCGCGCUCGUGCUUUAAUGGACCAGAAGGCCACCAGUGUUGCCGAUGUGUCUGCCGUUCUUGCCAUCCAGGAGGAAGAGAUCGCGAAUGGCUUCGCUGAUGGCAAAAGGGGAUACCUCACUCGCACUGCUAGACGGCGCCGUAGGGAGGCUCGUGCGAAGGAGACAGCUAAGGCCGCGGAGCAGGCUGAGCGUGUGGCUGAGCUGGAAAAGACCUUGAGCACACCCGAAGUCGAAUACAAGGUCCAGGAGCCUGAAAGCACAAACGGCCUGGAAAGCAACGGCGUCAAGAUCCUCUGGACUGAUAUUCACGAUGCUCGUUUCGCCGAAUCUUGGCCUGAGCGUGUCCGCCACGGUGAACUCGACCUGACCCGCGGCCAUGUUAUGCCAGGACAGAAGCCUAACUACGGUGUGGAGGUUCUUGCUGAUGAGACGUUUAAGGAGAAGCAGCCGGAGCAGAAGGCCUAA